ACAAAAUAAAACAAAGCAAAAUGUGUGAGGAGGUGUUUUUAUGGUAGAAGACCUCCUCACAUAGACAGACCUCUAGUGCCUGCUUUUUAUCUCUGAUUGAGGCUGUUGGUUCCCAUCUCCACCUGACUUCUCAAUGGUUAAAUUGAACUGUGGAUAUGAUUCUGCAGCAUUAGUCUUGAUGUAAUGUUUAAGGGGGGCAAUUCCAGGAGAGCAUUAAAGAAACACAGUGCAAUCCAGUUGAUAAAUAACACAAUUAAGUCUGAAUUAAUGACAUUUCUGUCACUGGGUGCUCAGCUGUGUGAGAAGUAACUAAUCACAGGCGAGCAGACUCAGUCAUUAUCUCUCAGCAUCACUUAAAAAAGAAGACCGUAAACCCAACUGUGUGCCAUCAAUGGCUUAAACCUAUGAGGCUUUGGUGUUUCAUUGAUGACAAGGACGAUCCUCUCCUCCCUGCUACACAGAAACACAACUGCUGACCUUUCUCUCUCUAAAGUGGUCGCUUGCCAUUGAAUUUCUUGCUGAAGCAGAAGGCGAAGCAAGUACACAUCAACAGCCCUCAGCGGAUGGCAAGGCUGCUGUUGAGGACUUGUUUCCACUAUGAAAAUCAAAAAAGAAAAUCAAUCAAUGAAACCAAACAAUUUGUGAACAAAGGGGGAGAAAUGCUGGGCUUUGACUACUUAUAAAAGCACACACACACACAGACACACACACACAAACAGAGAGAGCCUUGAAUAUAUACAGCAUGGCAGAAAGAACAAAAGGAAUGCCUCCAGGGUGACCCUUGACCUUUGGAAUAGACUUUCUCCGGCUCCAGAGAGGGUGUUGACUUAGAAAAUAAGGCACCGUGAAAAGCCCUCCCCCCCCCUCGAGCUUUUUCCUUCAUGUCUUCCUCAUUCCCCUUUUCAGCUGCUGUGUGUGUCUGAUGACGACAGGGUCAUUACACAUCUGAGCUGAGAGAGGCACAAACACACACAGAGCUCUCAAGGAUCGAUGCGAGACUGUCCUCAGGAGCCUCCUCACUAUUUACUGAUGUUGAAAGUGUUCAGAACUGAAGGUUGGAAAUUGAGUGCGUGUGUGCAUGACAGUGUAAGCGUGCUGACUUCUAAGAAUAGCUGCAACCUGGUGUGUAUGCAUGUGUGUGUGUUUGGAGUCAGACAGAGGUAAUGAUUAACCUUUCCAGACUGUGUUUCUGGCCCUGAGAGUUGCACCCAGUCUGCCACCCCCAGCACCUCUUCUCAGCUGUCCCUCCUCCCCUCAGCCAAAUCCAAUUGUCUCGGCUAGUGUGGUGUCCAUUCUGUAAAACAACAGAGGUGCUAACACUCAGUCAAAUCUGCUGUCUUUGGGUAAAAAAAAUCUCCAUUGCACAGGAGGUCUAAUUGAGAACAGAUAUUUACACUUGUCUGGUAUGUUGCUGUUGCCCAACAACCCCCACAUUCCUCACAGAACAUAAGUUUAUCAUCCAUUAAAUACCAAGAAAACUCAGGAGCAAUAUGCUGUUUAUGCUUCCACAGCAUCCCUAAUGUCUAAUAUCUACAUUAGCUCAUACCACCUGCUUCUUCCAGUUUCUUACAUUGCAUGAAGUGUCUAUAAUAAGGGAUUGUGCCACUAUUAUCAUCUACUAUGAAAUGACAGUGAACAUUUUAGCGCUCACUUGGUAUUGAACAAGCAGGAGAAGUCUUUAUUCUGAAUGAGGGUUGCAUGUGGACCCAUGAAACAAACCAGAUUGAAACAGACCAGCAGUAGACAACUGACUGAAGCAGAACAGAGAGGGUUGGUGUGACAGAUGGCCGCAGGCUGUCAGCUAGUUAGCUUAUCUCCAGCAAGAAGAAGCCCGAGACACAAGGGGGCUGAAAGGCUGCAGUGCAGACAAGCAGGUGGGGAGGCAGACAUCCAGCCCACAGACAGUCACACAGACAGAUGCUCAGACAGAGACUACAGUAAGAAUUCAGGUGUUUGGGUUGACAAACAUGCUGCGCAACUAGGACAAUGUCACACACACCUACACAAGAUGUACCUGAAAUAGUGUCAGUUUGUAACACGAGGAGUUCGACACCUCCCUCACGAUGGCGUUUAAAAAUUAAAAAUUCAGUUAAACGAGCCCUGCACUUAGAACACGGUGUGUUGAUACAGGGCCACUCAAAUUAUCUGUGUUUUUAUAAACGCGUGUGUGUUGAGAAGCAUUACUCAUUAGAUGUAAGCUCAUCUGCUGUCAGAACAAGCUGUGAACAUACUCUUUACAUGGUGACUCCCUGUGCAUGGAAGAGCCUGUCCAUCUUGCGUUUCCUGUGCUGAUAUUCUGAACAGAACAAGUUUGGCUUUGCUUACCUGUAAGAGACAUUUGAGCUGGACAGAAACCUGCAGAAGUCGCUGGUAGAAACUGGAGGCAUGGAUAUUAAAGCACAAGUGUUGACCAUGUUGCAUUAUGCAAAGUGUGAGGCGCAAUGUUUUCUGGAGCUCGACUCAGACAAGGGAUUAAAAGCCAAGAUAUGAACUGAUAAUCAACUUUUUUUCUCUGAGGACUGAACUCAUGUUUUUUCUUUACACUGUGAUAUUAUUUAGGGCAAAGAAUCUGAAUACUUGUUGCUUCAGUCCUUUUCUAGCUGACCCUUUAUUUACCUCUUUCUCAUUUCUUUGUCUAACUUUCAAGUCUUUGCUUUAAUCAUGCCAUGUUUUCUCUCCCCGCUGUGGUUCUCACCUACCACCAGUCUGAAUAUCUGAGGGGAGGUGAGCCCACAAGUCAGGGGAAACGGGGCAGUCAGUGAAGUCCUGAAUAGCAGGGUGUUUUCAGGCUGCAAUGACAGGCUCAGACAGGCAGCCGCUCUAAUGACCUAUGACGCCAGGCUAUGUCUCUCUCAGCAAUAACAAACACACACACACACACACACGCACACACACAGGGCCCCACAGGUGAGCUCUACCAGGAAGUCCACUAUCAGCUGUUAAGAAAGUCCUAAGCGGCCGUUUCCUUAUCAACCAUGGCUGUUCAUGUAUCUGUAAAACAUGCCAGGAUUGGAGACUGUCUGACAUGUGUUUUAAACACAAAAGACACUUUCUGAUUCUUAUCUUAAAAAUAAAUUAAUCUUUUUCUUACAUGUAGACUAAGGUAGAUUGCUGGGUACUCAGUUUCCCGCAGCACCCCGUGAGGAUGGAUUUACGAUAAACUCCCUGAGGCUUGGCUCAGUCCAACUUCAAAGAACACAGCCCCUCUUGUUUUAUGGAAGGCAUGCUUUCAGUUUUACUGGCCUCCUUCUUUCUCCUCUUUUUCUGUCUCUCUUCUCCCAGUGUUGCCCCCCACCCCCCUCUGCUUCUAAUGAAGGCUAAUGACAGGCCAGGCUAAGUCCGCUUGGGCCGGCAGAGAUCCUGCCGCAUUAACAUUGCAGUUUGUCUCAGACGGGACCUUCCAAAUUACCAGUUACAUUCACAGCUACUGCCAGAUGAAAGAGGGAGGUCAAAUGGGAAAGAUGGGCGCAACUGAAAUGUCUGAAAAGGGCUGUAUUCGUUUUUCUGUGUAUUAAUCCAUCUUUCAAGUUUUUUUAACCUUUGCAUGUCUUGCAUAGGCUGAGUUUGUCUAAGGGACAGAUUGUUGAGCAGUUGAAAGCUAUUAGGUAAUAACCCUAAAAAGCACAGGAAAUGCUUAAAAGAUCAGAAGAGGAAGUAAAGUUGCAUAAAUAACAGUCUAAAUAUGUGAGAAGCAUUCUUUCUCCUCUCCAUCCCGCCCCUUCCCUGUCUCCCUAUAUUUCCCUUGCGCCUGACUGGCUCCCACUUUUCUGGCUGGGAGUAGCUGGGAGCCAGAUUUCUGUGGAACAGAGAUAUGAAGGGAGAGACGGACGGCACAGGAGGCACUCUAAAGGGGAGGAGGAGUUUGGAAACUGGAGCAUGGCCAAUGCUACACUUCUUUUACGCUCAGGGGAAACUUUACACUGAUUCCCUGGCAUUGCAGGAAUCAGGUGAGCGGGCCCAUUGGUGCGUGGUGGCAUACUGGGAGGAGAAAACGCGUGUUGGUCGCCUCUACUCGGUCCAGGAGCCCUCCCUGGACAUCUUCUAUGAUCUACCUCAAGGGAAUGGCUUCUGCCUGGGCCAGCUCUGCUCCGACAACAAGUCACAACUGGUGCAGAUGGUGCGAGCUAAGAUCGGCUAUGGCAUCCAGCUGACGCGCGAGCCAGACGGGGUGUGGGUCUACAACCGCAGCUGCUACCCCAUCUUCAUUAAGUCGGCCACACUGGACAACCCGGACUCGCGCACACUGCUGGUGCACAAAGUGUUCCCCGGAUUCUCCAUCAAAGCUUUUGACUAUGACAAGGCCUGCAGCCUGCAGAGGCCGAACGACCAUGAGUUCACGCAGCAGCCUCGCACAGGCUUUACGGUGCAGAUAAGCUUUGUUAAAGGCUGGGGACAGUGUUACACCAGACAGUUUAUCAGUAGUUGCCCGUGUUGGUUGGAAAUCAUCUUCAACACUCGAUAGCAGCAGCUUUCCUCCUCUUCAUCCACACCUCUUCGGUUCUCUUACAAAAAAGACUUAACCCACUUUCCUCUUUUUUUGUUCCAGAGGCUCAACAGACAGAAAAAAAGGAUUUAGAAGCAGAAGAAAGUAUGAAAUCCUGACGGACUUUGUUUAAUAAAUGACUGAGAUUUAAUUAAAUAAGAAGUGAAAAAAUGUAUUUUAUGUUAUAUAUAAAUAUAUUAUUAAUUGUAAAUAUGAAGACGUUUUAUAUGCAUCAUUAUUUAUGUAUUGUGCAAUGUGUUGAUGAGAAAAGAAAAUAAGAUGCACUUUGCUUAAUAUAAAUGCAAAACAAACAAAUGCCAAAAUAAAAAAAAAAGUUAAUACUUCCUUGUUCGGUCUAUCUUUGAUAUUGUGUUGAUUUCAUUACGUUUUACCAAUGUUCUUUUUUGUGCAUGAUUCAAAUCAUGCUAU